AUGCUACAAAGCAACUCCCCAAAUUCUGCAAUAGAUCUCCCUUUUCAAGAGACGCAAAGUGGAUUUAUAAGAAGAAAACAUACUGCAUGCAUGCCUCCCCAUCAAAAAGCGGAGCCGCCUUUAACCUCAGAAUUGUCCGAGCUUAUAGUUCUACUCGAGCGUCAUCUGCUACUGAUCCUGACGACCUUCCACCUGCUCUUUCCAAGGAUGGCGGUGGAUUGUUCAACCAGUGCCUGUCUAGCCUAUUUGGGUCUAUCUGGGAGAAAGAGACCGUCCCAGACAACUGAGCACAAGAAACCUUGGGGCAUAUGCAUCAAGCGAGAUUUCCACCGAAUAGAGGCUGUUUUGACCACAUCUACACACUCCAUUCAGUUGUCAGAGCAUUGCCAUAUGUACACACAACCCACAAUCUUGACUUCAAGGAUGCGUUCGAUCCUGUCGGUUGGUCGUUGCUCAUCAGAGGAUGCUCCGGGUGUGUGUGGAUAUAAUCAGGUCCCCAUAUCCACAUACUUCUGGGAGUGCGAGAGUGUGUGGCCAAAGUUGGAAUAUCUUCAAAACCACGGUGUCCAAGUAAGUACUGGAGAGAACCUUGUCGACAUCGUCCUCAUAUUCGGAAACGAAAGUGAAGUACAGGCACUGCUGAAUUAA